AUGCGCAGCGCGGGUGGUGCGGCGGGUGCGCGUGGGCAGGGAGACUUUGCGGUGCGGGCGGGGCGCGCGUCAGUCGCGUAGCGAACGCUAUAUUGUAAGAACGUCGGGUGGCGCCGCGCCAGCCCGUCGCGUGCUAGUGUUGUGUCACAGCGGUGGGCCAGGUCGGUUUCGAGAUUUCUUCGUUCCGACGUAAAUCAUGGCUCUCAACUCGGACGCUGAACAGAAAUCGAACCUGGUCCUCCGCGUGGACCAGGAUUCCGACUCGGUUCUACAGUCAUUGUUCGACACAGUGCUUAAGCCGGACUCGAAACGACCGCUACAGGUGCCUCUCCGAAUGCGACAGCUUCCAAAGUCGUUCUUUAACCCGCCGUCAACCGGUUCCAAGUCGCCAUCUGUGUCUCACUCGCGAGAAAACUCGGCUGACUCGGCGUUCGGAUCGUCGUCCGCGACUGGCGCCUCACCGGUGUCGCACUCUCGAGCACAUUCGUCACCCGCAAGCUUGCAACAAACUUAUGCCGCUGGACAACAAAACCAACAACCGCCACUACACCAUCAGCACACAAAACAGAGAUCCUAUGAUGUUGGAACACAUAUCCCAGAUGAUCUUGGCCCACUCCCGCCUGGUUGGGAACAAGCACGAACACCAGAAGGACAGAUAUAUUAUCUUAAUCACAUAACGAAGACGACAACAUGGGACGACCCUCGCAAGACCCUUGCGGCGCAGUCGGUGGCUGGCAGCGUGCAGCAUCAGAGUACAGACGCGCUGCUCACACAGGCUGCCUCGCCGCAAAACAUACCCAACACACCUGCACCAGCAGCGAAGAGUACAAGUAGUAACACAACGACGGAUCCACUAGGGCCCCUGCCGGAGGGUUGGGAGCAGGCCGCGACGGCGGAAGGAGAAAUCUACUUUAUAAAUCAUGCAGCUCGCACCACAUCCUGGUUCGAUCCAAGGAUACCACAACACUUGCAGCGCACGCCGGCUGCGGGCGGGGCGGUGCCGGACGGCGGCUGGACGAACACGUCGCUGCAGGCGUGCCAGCAGAAGCUGCGGCUGCAGUCGCUGCAGCUCGAGAGGGAGCGCCUAAAGCAGCGCCAGCAGGAGAUCAGACUCCAGCAGGAGCUUAUAAUGGCGAGGCAGCCGCCGCCAAUCGUGUCGUCACUGGCGAACAGUACGGGUGUUACCAGUACAGACUUGCCGCUGGAUCCCUUCCUGUCAGGGCUCUCGGAUCACCAGCGGCAGGAGUCAGCUGACAGUGGCCUAGGAAUGGGUGUGCCCCACUCCUACUCGAUGCCACACACACCAGAAGGUUUUCUAUCUGGCAUGGACGACCGCAUGGACUGCACUAGCGAGGCCGGCGCCAACCUAGACUCCACCGAUAUAACACUAGCCGACAACCUCGACUCUACUGACGACUUGGUUCCUUCUUUGCAAUUGAACGAGUUCACCAACGACAUACUCCUGGACGAUGUGCAAUCGCUGAUAAACUCGACGCCGAGCAAGCCCGACAACGUGCUGACGUGGCUGUAGGGGGCGCGCGCCCGCGCAGACCAUGCUUACAAACUUUCAAAUUAGGUAUUAUAUGUUUAAUGUAGCGUACUUACCGCUUGUAUGACGUCGACCGCUAUAACAGUGUCGGGGACAACACGGUAACGAUGGUGUAAAUUUCACUUGAAAAUGACAAUUAUAGCAUAACAUGUGUAAUGACUGACGUGGGAUUUUGUGUGCUUAUGACUUAGUAUAGAUAGAUACUUCAAUACCAGUACGAUGGCUUCCAUGAGAACAGUUGGACCGGUGCGGACUUACGCAUUUGGUGGUAUUUAUAGCCAGCAACGUUAUUUUUCAGUUCAAAUGUUAUUUCUACACAUCUCCGCAUCGGUUUCACUAUUCUCUACUAUAUCUGCUCGCUUCUAUGCAGAAUUGGUUUUAUCUCUGUCUCUGCAUUUAUUCGAAUGAGAUAGGAAUACGAAAUUGUGUGAGUUAAAUGUUUCUACUUCGUUGUGGUUGAUAUGUAAAUGUGUGGAAUUUUGUAUGACUGACUUUACAACACACAUACUCAUCGUAAUUUUUGACUUGGCCUCUUAAGUAUUGUAAAUUAGUAUCUAUACACCCAUAGUUAGCAAAUAAUGCUGGAGUGACGUAAGAAAAUAAUAAAAUCUUUUUGUCUCAUGAUGUGAGCAAGACAAUAACGUAAUGAUGCUCCGAUUGUAAAAUGUUUCAACCAGUCGAGGUAAGAGAUGAGCUACGAAAAGUAAGCCAAGUAUCGCGGAUCAGUAGAGCAAGACUAUCACGAAUGGCUAGUCAUGAGGUGAGUGCGAGGUGCGGGAGCACACAGCACUGUGACGAGUGCCGGCGACGUCUCGCCGCGCGGUGGCUGCAAGCCUUCUUUCGUAGCAGAAAGUAGUUGCGUUGCAACGCAAUCAUUCGUGAACCAAGUUUCCAUAUUCUUUUCAUAGAGACUAUCGGAAAUCGUAUUCUAUAAAUCGACAAGCAAACAAUAUUUUAUGAUAUAUUUUAAAAUUAAGAUUGUGAUAACAUCUUGAUGUAAUGAACAGUGCCUUAUUGUGCCUUGAUAAAAUUAUUUAUUGUUGUAAUAAUUUAGAUAAUGUUGAGAUAUUUUUACAAUUUUUCUAUUGUCGAACUAUCGAUGUAAUAGUGAUUUGACAGAAAAUAAACUACUUAUGUACUUGUAGAACGUUGUUUGUCAACUUACACCGUCCUUGUGAAUUUUCGAGAUUAUGAAUAGACGUUAAGUUUUAAUAGUUAAUCAAGAAGUAGGUAAUAUGUUGGCAACUAUUAUGUUUACUUAUAUUAGUUGGGUUCUAAGUGAACAAUGUGACUACAUAAGCAAUAUUCAAGUGUAUGGGUGCAGCUAGCUAGCUAAUUUUAGGGAAUUAUUGGAGCUAGAAAUUCGUCUCUAAGUGCCUUACUCAGAAGAUAGUUAUAGUCCGAUUCGACGGAUUUAUUGAAAUAACAUUGUGACCUGCUACGGAGCAGACUGCGAUUGGUGCCAACAAAGUAUAAAAUCUAUUUUCUAUAACUAUUGUUAUGUAAUUAGUAUUACUUCAUUAUCGUUAGUUAUCAAUUCAUUGAAUCAUCGUUCAUGUUUCUAUCAAUUAUUCAAAUGUUUCAAAAUUUUGUAAGCCCACCUAGUCUUUAGAAUUUUUUGUAUGAGUGUAUUGAAUUCAGCUAGCUUGAUUGAUUAAUAUGAUAAUGGAAUUAGGCCUUUAAUAUCAAAUGCUACAUUGAAAACUUUGCCAUAUUAGUAAAAGUACUAUUAUUCUUAUAAGACUUUAAUGUAAUCUUCAGUUAAGUCGCAUAGCAAUAAUAGCAUCUGUGUAACUAUUGUAAUUAGACGUAACGGUGCUGGGUUGAUGAUACAUUUAAUUUUGUAUUCUGUAGAUCCAUUUGUUGUAUACUUUAUAUUUGUAUUUGUCGUGUAUUAAUUGUAAGAGUCCGUAAGUUUAGAUGCUUCUCAUAUUGUUCGGUUCAUUAUUCUCAACUCGCCCUCCCCGUAGCACCGCGAGGUCGGAGAGUGACCAGCGGUCGAACAAGUGAUCCAGUAAGUCGUUCCUAGUGUCACGACACGUCGACAAACAUUCCAAGUUGUACUGAACCGUACUGUACUCGAACUGUAGCCUCGCCUCGCACGAGGCCUGCCACUUGCUACAGAAUAAUAUUCAGAACAAUAUCUCAAGUAAACUGUAAUCAAUUAUUUCUAAGUUAUAGCCUUUAUGAGAAACAUAUCUUUUCAGUCUGAUGACAGAUGCAAGUUUUCUAUGUAGUGUAUGUAACUACGUGUAUCAAUGUUAUAACAAUGAAAUUACGUGUCAACGUUAUUAAUUUACUAUAAUUUCAUUGUAAAUAAUUCGAUAUUCUUAUAUGAAUUAAAUAAAUAUUUGUUUUAAUACCUA